AGCCGAAGGUGCCUACAGGUGUGAGUGAAUGGCCUGUCUAUUUAAGAGGCUUUGGCGUUGGUAUAUUGUUUUCUCGGUGAAGAGAAGUGUGCUGCAUCGGUUGGGCGCGAGUGGUUAAGUAUGAUGAAAUCUCAGCAGAACGGACCUUCCCAGGAUAUGCCGUGUCCCCCCUACCCAGGCGCUCCAGUAGGCUAUGGCUUCCAGGCAGGCACACCGACCGUCGUGUGUUCACCGGCCCCGCUGGACGGCAUGGUUCCUGGGUGCAGUCCCUACGUGACCCAGGUGGUGGUGUUACAGCAGCCGCUGCCGACAGAAGUGGGCGGCCCGAUGACGUGUCCUGAGUGUCAGGUCCAGGUCCUCACCAACACCACACACCAGAACGGGAAGUUUACCUGGUUCCUGUGCGGUAUCCUUGGGAUCCUCCUAAUCUGGCCUUGCUGUUUGAUUCCGUUCUGCGUCGCAUCCUGUAAGGACGUAGCGCAUCAGUGCCCCAACUGCAAGAGGGUGAUCCACGUCCACAAACGCAUGUGAACGGUCCUGUGUGGACGACAUGCUGUCAAUGUACUGUACAGAGCUAUACGUGCAGUGGGCUUGCCCAGUUGUCACGCUGACUAUAAUGUAAUUGUCCUGUGUCAUUCCUUCAGCCUUUUUGGGAAACCUGUUUUUCUAUGUUCUGGUGGGUUGUGACUGUUCCGCUAUUAUUAUCACUAGGUAUUUUUAGUUCUGCACUACACAAUGGAUUGUGAAGUACAUUUUUGCAACUAUGAAUUGCUCUUUUAGAUUAUAAAUAUUUAGCAUGGUUAAUGAUGGCCCUCUUAAGCCAUUAGACUGGGGAUGGUUGUCACACUUGUAAUUAGUGUAUUUAUCAGCACCUGUAUUUAUACCAAACUAUUGAAUGUUAGGAAAGAACAUGGUUUAAAUGGCAUCACUCCUACUGUUUACUUGGACAGCCAUGGCUGGAUUGGUUUCAUGUAGUUUUGGGUUGUCUGUUAGUGUUUGUAUUUUUGUUGUUCUAUGUACAAUGUUUUAGGAAGUCUAAACUAUUUGCUUUGAAAUUGUGUAACCCAAAUUCUGGGAAAAUUAAAUGUUUUAAAUUUGCA